AUGGCUCGACAAGCUGGCAAACUAGAGAUGGCUGCUUGUGCCUACAAUGUCACCACCUUCAACAUUGCUCUCCUCUCCUUGUUUGCAGCCGGUGAAGCUCGACCAUCCCAGAAUGGUCAUUGCCUUCGCAAAUGCGGAGAUAAGGAUAUUCCAUAUCCAUUUGGCGUUGGAGACGGCUGCUUUCUGAAUCAAUACUUCAGUCUCACCUGUUACAACUACAAAUUGUAUUUCGACUCCUCAAAUAUCGAAGUCCUCAACAUAUCCCUCGACGGUCACAUGGACAUCUCCAUGUAUGUCUCCCAGAUUUGUUACAAUGAAUCGGCGCAAGUGGUAGAGGAUCUUGACCACUCGAUUUCCUCUCUCACCAUCACUGCUUUCCCCAUUUCUAGCUCUGCAAACAAGUUCCUGAGUGUAGGUUGUGAUAGUUACGGCUACUCGAACAGUUUCCAGGACGAACAGAGUUAUUCCACCGGCUGCUUGUCGCGAUGUAACCAGCUCCUCACACAAGAACAGAACGCCGGCGAAACUUGCUCCGGAAUUGGGUGUUGCCAAAUCGAUAUUCCUCCUCGAAUGCGGAACAUCACUUUUCAAUCAUUUAGCUUCAACGGUCAUAAAAACGUGUGGCGCUUCAACAACUGCAGUUAUGCUUUUGUUGCCAAACAAGGCUCCUUUAAUUUCUCUCCUCAUUAUCUGGAGCACCUCCCAUUCAACAUGUCCACGCUCGUGCUAGAUUGGUCUAUUGUGGAUCCACAGAUUCCAGACUUGGGUACUUGCCGAGAAGCUUCCAAUUCUACAUGCUCCUCCAACGCCUUUUGUCAGAACUCCAUCAGUGGAUUUGGAUUCAGAUGCUUUUGCCAGCCUGGCUUUCAAGCUGGAAAUCCAUACAUCUAUCCGGACGGGUAUGUUAACGAGUGUGAUGAUCCCAAGUCCAAUAAUUGCAGUAUCUCCGUUCAUGCGCAGUGCCCCAAUUCCAUGGCAGUUACAACUGUUCUUGUCCGCCUGGUGUUUGUGUAA